GGAAUUUGUAUAUCCUUUUCCCACGAAUUUGAGAAGGAUUCAAGGUUUUGAGUUUCUAUGGAUGAUCAUGACGAAAGAAUGGAGGCUGAUACAGCUGCAUUGGAUGAUUUAAAAUUAUUGAUUGAGAGUAUUAAAUACCGACACGAAGAUUUAGAAUUUCAGGAGCAAGCUCUGAAGACCAUGGCAUCUAUAUUUCGGACCAGUGACAAUACAUCGAGCUUCUUGGUUCAUACAAAUGGCUUAGAACACAUCUUAAAGAUACUGAUAUCCCCUGACGACCAACCAAACUCGCUUAGAGAGGCUUCUCUACAUGCAAUGUGCGCCGCUUGUGAAAAUAAUGCUAGCGUCCGACAAGUAUUGUGCACCCAAAAGAUCUUUUGUGUACUGAAGAAAUUUUUGUUGAUGAAAUCGUCGAUAAGAUUGCAAACACUCUCUAGUUACUUACUGAUUUGUCUAAUUAAAAACAACGAGAAAGGGCAGAAUCUGGCGAGGCAGACAAAAUGCGUUGAAACAUUACGUUACCUUUUCAAGGAUGUUCGUUCUCCAUCGCAUUCUCCACGCCUUCCGAAUAGACUAGCGGAAUACCUUUCAUCAAAUUGCCAAGAAAAUGAAGCUCUGAUGAACCUCUGGCAAACAGCAACACAUGCCUUGUCUGUUUGUGUUUAUAACCCACAAAACAAUGGCAACCAAUUUCUAUGUUCGUCAGCGUUUCCUGCUGCUGUGGCUUAUCUAAGGAAUUCCGAUUAUCCACGUAUACAAACCAGUACCCUCACAUUUCUAACAAAUUGUUUAGUAAAUAAUAGUCGUUGUAAAGUCAAUUUUCGUCUGGUAGGAGGUAUAAGGGUAUUAUAUGAUAUAUUUCGAGAAGACCUGCUUGCUGGUGGCCAAAUACCUUCCACUGUUCUUCAGAUCUUGAUAUUGACAAUAGAUGCAGCUGUGCGUGACAAUGACAUGUGUCGCGACAGUAUAGCGGAAAUGGAAAUUGUUCCCCUCCUUUUGCAAUCACUUCAGCUUUGUUUUGCAUCUCCCAAGUUUAAAAUACAGUGUUUGAUAACACUUUCUGCGUGUAUUGAAGGAUGUGACUCAAGUUGCAAACAGUUUUUAACGAAUGAUGGGAUGCCUACGGUAGUGAAGGUGUUAGCCGAAAAUCAGAAUUGCGAGGAGUUACAAAAGUCCGCUGUAUGUGUUUUGCAAACGUACUUAGAGCAAACCAAAAUAACGAUUCCGGAGUGUAUGGAUGACGUCUUAACAAAAUUGCAGAUAGCGCCAGAUAAUAAGCUUCAAGUGGAAAGUAUGCUGUCGUAUUUAAUCUUCUGUGACAAUGUUGGAAAAGCUGUUGUGACCAGGGCACAUUUUAUGCAAUAUUUUUCUUUCUUGCUAAAAGGAAAACAGAAUAUAGCAGGUGAAGUACAUGUUACAAAUGUGGAGAAUGGGAGUAGUAAUGGUUGUGAAAGUAAUGUUUUCAUAGAAAACAUAGACAAAAUGCCAACUGGACAAACUGAUAUGAUAGUUAAUCGAAUUCAAGAUUUAACGAAUGAAGUCCGUUCUUUGAAAGAACUCUGUGCAUUUACAGUGGAACAAAAGUCAGUCAGUGACAAUCGAAUUGAUCGUUUAAUGGAUAUGAUGAACACUACAACGCGUUCUGGCGUAAUUUUUUCGAAUAAAGACGUUGACAGCAAUAAAGUAGAUACUUCAGUUAGCGAGACAGGUGCCACAUGUGAUGAGAUGAAAAAGAAAUUAGAUUCCACAGAUAGUAAUUCAAUAGACGACAGUCCUUGCAAUCAGAUUGUGAGUGAAGAUAUGCAGGGCGAAAAAAUUCAGAAUGGUGAUGUUGUAGGAUUGUCAGAACAAAGCGAAGCCUCCAUGGCCAGUGAAUCACCUUUGCCUCACCCGAUUGGAAAUUCGAUCAAAGCAGGUCCUGUAACUGAUUCGAAUGAGCAAAUACCCAUUCAGUCAAAUACGUUUGAUUGUACAGUUGACCAUAAUCAGGAUUAUCCAAUAGUGGAGGAUUUGAAAACUAACCCUGACCCAAAUUCCGAAAUUAUACCCAGUCAAAAGGAAUUGGAUGUAGAUACAAUUAGAUCUUCAUCUGACGUCUGUUCUGAAACCUGUAAAUGUAAUGGUGAUAGCAAUUGCGAAAAAGUUGCAAACAUUCGUUGUGGUGAAACUCCAAAAAAUCAGAAGACAGAAAUGAUCAACAGCAGAGCUAGCAAGAGGCCGUUCAUAACAACGGCCAACGAGAAAAGAAACAACGAAAAAGGUUUAAAACGACGGCUUCGAAUGUCAGAAUCUGAUCAUGAAGAUUCUCCUUCCCCUGGUCAAGAAAUUCCUUCUGAGUCUCCAGUUGAUAAGUCUGUCGAUGUUGAUAUACCAGUACAUGACGUGAUAUUGAAAGCACCUUUCCCACCCAGGAAAAAAAGAAAGGAGCCUUUGUUGUUUGAACGCAACAAAAAAGGGAUCUGCCGUAAAUGUCUGGGAUGUCGCGUGGACUUCGCUAAAGUAAACAGCCGUAAUUAUCUGAGUAGUAUACGACGUAGCAUCAACACGUGUACUGAACAUCGUUUGUUUUUUAUGGAAGUGGUAUCUGCUCUUCAAAGAUACAAAAAAUUUAAAGAAACAAAAAAACGGUCACCAGAUUUCGACUUCGUGUCGUCUCCAAAGGUUAACGUGCGCUGUGAAGGCUUCCCCAGAGAGAUAGCAAAGAGGGUAAAACCCGAUGAACAAAGGAACAGUUCAAGGCCCACCAAAAAACCUUUUACUGCACGCGAAAUUGAAAUUCUCAAAGAAGGCGUGGACAAAUACGGGCCGAGAUUCAAUAUCAUUGAGAAAUAUUGCGAGUUUAGUACGAAAAGGUCUGCAAAAACGUUGAAACAGAAAUACACAAGUUUAAUGCAGGCUACUUGCUAUAAGCCAAAGAAACGAUGUCCGUUCACUCUCCAAGAAGAGGAAAACCUCAAGGAAGGCGUUUCUAAAUAUGGCUUUCAAUGGAAAAAGAUUUUGAAUCAUUACAGUUUUAUGCCGCAAAGGACUCCGCAAAACCUGAAAGACAAAUGGCGAAAUAUGUUAAAAUGA